GAUCAUCAGUUGCUGAUCGAUCGUUCUAGCGGCUAGACGCAAUUACCUCUAGAGACCACUAGCCUCUCCAUCCAUCCAUUCAUCCAUUAGUUUCAUCUCAAUUUAACCGUGAAGACAUUAGCCAUUAGUGACCGCGUCGUGCCUGUGCGUGCAGUGAAGAUGGCGCUCCUACCGUUCGAUAUCGACGUAAGCGCCCCGAACGAGGAGCUGAUGGAGGUCGCACGCCGCGAACUGCGCGAAACGCCGGAAAUCCGGGCGGCGGCCAUCGAGGAGCUCCGGUUGCUGCUCAAGACGACCACCGAUAUGUACUUUAGCGACGAGGAAGAGUUUCUGCUCAUCUUUCUGCGCCCGUGUCACUUCUACGCCGAAAGUGCACUCAAAAUGAUGCGACGGAUUGCGGAGUUUAAGCGGAGCAACCAGCCACUACUGGACAACCUAAAACCGGAGGAAGAGAAACGAGCGUUCAUAGAGCACAGCGUGGUGAAUGUCCUGGUAAAUCGUGACCAGAAAGGGCGCCGUGUGCUUCUCGUUAACUGUGGCGCUGCCUGGGACCCGAAAGCGGUCACCUCGGAGCAACUGUUCCGAGUGUUCUUCCUCAUCCACCUGGUGGCUCAGUUGGAACCGUCGACGCAGAUCAAUGGUGUUGUCGUGGUGCUCGACUUUGAUGGGCUAUCGUUGAAGCAGGUCAAGGCACUGUCACCUGCCUUCUGCAAGCGACUGAUUACGUUCAUCCAGGAUGCGAUGCCACUGCGCCUGAAGGAAGUGCACAUCCUCAAGCAGCCGUUCAUCUUUAACAUGGUCUGGGCCCUCUUCAAACCGUUCAUUCGCGAGAAGCUCAAGAGCCGAAUUUUCUUCCACGGUAUGGACAUGCGGAAGCUGCACAAGCACAUCGACCAGUGUGAUCUACCGGCAAAUUAUGGUGGUGAUUUGCCACCACUGAAUUACGGUGGGCGCGAGUGGUAUCCUUGUGUCUUCAACUACAUCAAUCACGUCAAUCAGUGGAAUACGUAUGGCUUCGUCCGGUCGGUCGAUCUACAGUGAGCUGCGCAGAUAUUCUGGAACUACUACUUAUAGGGGGCUGCUAGAUACUUAUGCAACGGGAACCACACAUUCACACACAAACACACUCACAGAUACCACAGUUCAAAUGCUACUUAGUUGCGAUGCGGUAAUAUAAGUUUAGAGGAUCGCGCACGAUCGCUCUUAUCGCGGAUUGUACAAAAAGGUGAUCUAUUUCCAUGGUAACGAGCUGGCGCAGUUCCAUCGGUACGUUAGCCCCGACCAUCUACCGGCGGACUACGGUGGCUCACUGCCAGCCCUCAACUACACCGGGCUGGAUUGGUAUCCGUGCGUCGCCGCGCGGAUCGAUCACAUCGAAAAGUACCAACGGUGUGGAUUUCACUAGCCUCGAUUUGCGGAUCUCGCCGGAACGGUGGCAGAAGAACUUCCUGGGGGGAUAAAGGACUUCUAUACGGGUACCGAAAAGGCGUCUCACCAUGUGCUGCGAAAGAACAGAUCCCCUGAGUCACCGAGAUGUCGCGAAGUAAACAAUGCAAUAAAUUAAAAAGUUAAUCAAAAACAUCGAAACGCCCCGGGGGCAGUUGCGACCGCGCUGACUGAUGCGAUGUGAUAACCCUCAUCUUGGAUCAUGGGCCACUGAUACGCAGCGGCCAGAGGCCUGAGCAAUGCAUUCCUGGGAUUAGAUCUAUUGCAACAUGUAAACCAAUGUGGUUCGAAAUUGCUCAUCGUCGUCGUGACGUCAAUCACAAAUGCGUGAAGGCGUCCGAAGAACCCAAAUAAAGGGGUUUCACACAGGGCGGCGCUCGUGUGUCUGUGUGUGGCCUAGCGAGCUAUUGAUAACAGACCUCACAUCCUC